AUGACGGUCUUCAUUGCUUCACUCUUCCUUCCCUAUACGAUCGACUUUCAAGCUACCGAGUUGCGACAUGCUCGGCGCAAGUCAUCCAGCUGUUCUUCUCGUGGGGAAGGACGGAUCGUAGGACGUCUGGCAGACACCAACCGGAAAUACCAUGCCAAAAGCAUUAGUCUGUCCCUGACUCCUGGCGCGACAACGGAGGAUGAAAAAAUCUUCAAGCCCUAUGUUUCCCGUUCCGCGGGUGAGAUCCCGGCUGCAGACGAUCCCAAUGGCCCGGGCCCCAGUGAGCCUCGUACUAUCUCCUGGGGUCAGAGCCGGAAGUUCAACCAGCCACGCGCCAAGGCCUCUCUUCACCCCGAGCCAUCCAUUCUGAGCCGUCCUGAGCCUGGCGAUGAGGUAGACAACCCACCGUUUCUGGAUGGUCCACUGGACGUCUUGAGCUCCGAAGAAGAACACGGAAGCCCACGCGCUUUGCUCUCUGAGUUUGACUGGGUUGUCAAGGCAGCAGAGCAGGGCAAUGGUGGCCUGCGGAACGCUAUAAACGCGGCCGAAGAAGAGGGCAUCUUGUCCGAUAAGAUGUGGGUAGGCACAUUGGGUAUGCCUACAGACUCAUUGAAGGAAGCAACGCGCAACAGUAUCUUCGAAACGCUUAAAGAUGAUUUCGAGUCGCUCACUGUGUUCGCCCGCGACAGCGAAUUUGAGGGGCAUUAUGCUCACUUCUGCCGUGCGGUCCUCUGGCCGGCUUUCCACUACCAGAUGCAGGAAAGCCCGCGACACACAGAGUACGAUGAUUAUUCCUGGAAGCAGUAUGUGAAGGUGAAUGAGGCGUUCGCCGACACCAUUGCUGCAAACUGGCGCCCUGGUGACAGCGUUUGGGUCCACGACUAUCACCUUCUGCUGCUCCCGGGUCUUCUCCGAGAGAGACUGCCAAAGGCAGAAAUCGGUUUCUUCAUGCACACUGCAUUUCCUUCUUCCGAGGUCUUUCGGUGCCUUAAUGCUCGAGAUGCGCUGCUCAAUGGGCUUCUCGGUGCGGAUCUGAUCGGUUUCCAGACUGAAGAAUAUUGCUACCAUUUCCUUCAAUCAUGUAUUCGCCUUCUAAGCCUGGAGGUAUCUGUUGACGGUGUACAACUCGAUCGACGAUUCGUCCAUGUGAAAAACAUGCCCAUCGGUGUCGAUGUCAAUUCCCUAGAUGGUCUGCGCAGAACCACAGAAGUGAAGGACUGGAUCGCAAAUAUUACCUCUCGAUACAAUGGAAAGCACCUGAUUGUUGCUCGCGACAGGCUGGAUGCCCCAGGUGGUAUCAAGCAGAAGCUUCUGGCUUAUGAGCUGUUCCUAAAGAGGUAUCCUAAGUGGAGGGAGAAGGUUGUCCUUGUCCAAGUUGCCUCAGCUUCUGAGCUGCCUGAACUGGAGGCUCAAGUCUCGAAGAUCGCCAUGCGGAUAAACUCCGUAUAUUCGACCUUGACUCACCAGCCACUGGUCCUUCUCCGACAAGACAUCAGUUAUUCUCAAUUCUUGGCGCUCAUGAGCGUCGCGGAGAUCUUCAUGGUCACCAGUCUCAGGGAAGGCAUGAACCUCAGCAGCCACGACUACAUUCACUGUCAAGAUGGAAUUUUGGCACCACAGCGCCAUGGCUCUCUCAUCCUGAGCGAAUUUACCGGAAGCGCUUCCCUUUUUAGUGGGCAUGAACUUCUGAUUAACCCUUGGGACUACAAAGAGGUUGCCGAUGCGAUUAACAAGGCGCUCGAGAUGACGCCGGAGCAAAAGGAGCGUAACUGGGAGUUCUUGCUCGAAAAGCAAACUCCUUACACGGCGAUCGCCUGGUUCAACUCAUUCCAGUCUGCACUGACCAAUGCUCACAGCACGCAACUAUCUCGCGAACUCGACCAGGUGUCGCCUCUUUCUGUCAACGCCGUGAAAGAGGCAUAUGAUGCUGCAAGUUCACGACUCUUUUUCUUGGAAGCUGAAGGGAUCAUUGCGUCUACGACUGGAACUUCCACUGACCUAGUCGCUCUGCUUGAGCGUCUGCUAUCAGACCCCCAAAACAUAGUUUACGUGACAAGCAGCAAAAGUCCGGACCAGCUUGAUUCAACCUUGGAAGAGCUCUCCACUAGGGUGGGAGUCAUCGCCGAAAACGGGUGCUUCAAACGCGAGAUUGGCGCGUCCACUUGGAAGACCCUAGUAGACAUGGAACAAGCCAAAGACUGGAGGAAUGGUAUCCGCAAAGUGAUCCAGUAUUACCAUGAACGGACUGAAGGAAGUCAGAUGGAGGAGUGCCGUUGUCUCAUGAACUUCUGGUACAACAACGCGCACGACCCGGAGAUCGCCGCGCGCAUGGCCUCAGGGCUAGCCGACCAGAUCAACGGCACACGGGGGAGCGAAGCCAUCCGCGUGGUCCUCAGCGAGGGCGCGGUGAGUGUCGAGCCUCUGGACGUGUCCAAAGCCAAAGCCGCCGAGUCCGUCCUGCAGCAGUUACCCCGCACGCCGGACUUCGUGUUUGUGGCGGGCGGUGCGCGCGGCGACGAAGCCCUCUUCCGCUGGGCCAACCGCCUGCAUGCUGACCAGAUGAUCCCCAGCGUGACCACCCUCACCGUGGGCUUUCACGCCACGGAGGCCAAAGCUGUUCCCCCGGGUGACAUGAGCAUGGCUGAUAUCGUAGACGCUUUCACUUCUCGGCCGAUGCCAGAUGGCUUUCUCAAUGGGCACACCAACGGACACACUAACGGAUACACUAAUGGACACACUAACGGGGACGCUCCCGCGGAAAAUGGCGUCAAUGGAGAAAGCCAUGAUUGA